AUGCAUACACCUUCCACAACGGUGAAUGUACUUUGGAGCUACAUCGAGCCAGUGCUGGAGUCUGCUAUAUUGGACACUGCCUCUCCGGGAGAUGGCCAAGUCCGAGGACACAGCACGCAGAGCUCUGAUCUUUCUGCUCCACGCAAAUCGGGUGCAUUUGAAGAACGCCGUUUGCCGGAGAAUGUCAAACACCCGAGCCGAGGGUCGUCUGUUGACCGGCCUGUUCCCAGCCACGUCCCAGUUACGUUCCCAUAA